CGGGAAAUCCUUCUUUCUGAGAAAAAAAAACAAUUCAGGUUCGGUGCUGAUUCCCACCCCAUGUGUCAAGACGUGGGGACAGAAGCGACGGCACCACUGCCUCUCGUCAGUGGACAGCUGCUACAUCCUGUUCUCGUAGAGAGCAGCAAAGCAUCAUCCACUCAUCGUCACUUUAUCGCUUCUUCUUCUAGUGCAGGCAAAAAUCCUGUUCCUAAGAACGAGUUUCUGCAGCCAUCCUGAAUCCAUCAAUGGCGACCCCAACUGUCGUCUUGCUGCCGGUCUGGGGCGCCGGCCACCUCACGCCCAUGCUAGAAGCCGGCAAGAGGCUGCUCGCUAGCGGCGCCGGCGGCGGCCGCGCGCUGUCGGUCACCGUGCUCGUCAUGCGGCCGCCGACGGAGCAGCAGGCGUCCGAGAUCGAGGGCCACAUCCGCCGGGCGGAGGAGGAGGCGGCGGCCGCCGGCCUCGACGUCCGCUUCCGCCGCCUCCCCGCCGUGGAGCCCCCGACGGACCACGAGGGCCCCGUGGAGUUCAUCUCCCGGGCCGUGGAGCUCCACGUCCCGCACGUCCGGGCGGCCGUCUCCGGCUUGCCGUCGGUGGCCGCGCUGGUGCUCGACCUCUUCUGCACCCCGCUCAUCGACGUGGCCCGCGAGCUCGCCGUGCCGGCGUACGUCUACUUCACUUGCAACGCCGCCACGCUCUCCUUCUUCCUGCGCCUGCCGGCGCUGCUCGAGGAGGUGGCGGGCGAGUUCGAGGAGAUGGAGGGCGCGGCGGACAUACCCGGGCUGCCCCCCGUGCCGCCGCUCUGGCUGCCGAUGCCGGUCAUGGAGAGGGCGAGGCCGGAGUGCGCGUGGUACGCGUACCACGGCAGGCGGUUCGCGGACGCCGACGGCAUCAUCGUCAACACGGCCACCGAGCUCGAUCGGGGCGCCCUGUCCGCCAUCGCGGGCGGCCGCUGCACGCGCGGGGGGCCUGCGCCCGCGCUCUACCCCAUUGGCCCGGUGAUCUCGUUCCCGCCGCCCGCCGAGCCGCCGCACGACUGCGUGCGGUGGCUGGAGGCGCAGCCGCCGGCGUCCGUGGUGUUCCUCUGCUUCGGGAGCGGCGGGUUCUUCACGGCGGCGCAGGCGCACGAGGUCGCCCGCGGCCUGGAGCGCAGCGGGCACCGGUUCCUCUGGGUGCUGCGCGGCCCGCCGGCGCCCGGAUCGCGGCAGCCCACGGACGCCAACCUCGCGGAGCUCCUCCCGGAUGGCUUCCUAGAGCGGACCAGGGGCAGAGGCCUCGUGUGGCCGACGGCGGCGCCGCAGAAGGAGAUCCUCGCGCGCGCCGCCGUGGGCGGCUUCGUGACGCACUGCGGGUGGAACUCGAUCCUAGAGAGCCUCUGGUGCGGGGUGCCGAUGGCGCCGUGGCCGCUGUACGCGGAGCAGCACCUGAACGCGUUCGCGCUGGUGGCCGCAGCGGGCGCCGCCGUGGCGAUGGGGGUGGACAGGAGGAGGGGCAACUUCGUGGAGGCGGCGGAGCUGGAGCGCGCGGUGCGGGCGCUGAUGGGCGGCGGCGAGGAGGGGAGGAGGGCGAGGGAGCGGGCCGCGGAGAUGAAGGCGGCGUGCCGGAACGCCGUCGAGGACGGCGGCUCGUCGGCCGCCGCGCUGAAGAGGCUCUCGAACGAUAUACUAUGUCGGCAACUGCCAUCGUCUUCCCUUGGCACGUCGUAGUUCCAUGAUUCAUCCAGAACAUUUAUUUCUUCACUUCGGAACAUGAUUCCGUCACACAAUCUUAUACUAGAUUUACACCCAAAAUCGUAUGCAAGAAGAAGAACAAGAAGCUCUUGUCCGGUCACUCUAUGCCGUACCACUUCUUGUGCAGCUCGUACAUCUCGUCUUCGUCGGGGAGGAAAAGUAGAGAGGGAAUUCAGGUUCGGGAUCAAGGCUAAAUCAACUAAUUCUUAGCAUGUAUUCUUCAAACCCACAUGACAUUUGUAAUGAUUGCAUUGCUCAAUGCAUGUUAACAUUUCAUAGUUUUUUUUCAUGGAGAAA